GCCGAGCCACUGACCGGCUCUCUUGGCUCCGCAGCCCAAGGGUAAGGCGGGCACUAAGGGGAAGAAGCAGAUCUUCGAGGAGAACCGGGAGACGCUGCGCUUCUACCUCCGCAUCAUCCUGGGGGCCUCCGCCGUCUACGCCGUGGUGAACCUGGUGAUCUUCUACCCCGCUGCCUCCGCCUGGACGUGGGUAGCGUUCAUCUUCAGCUCGGUGGUCUAUGGCACCAGCUACCGGUCCAUGAACUCCAUGGCAAAGCCGUCUUUCACAGACGAUGGCAGCCUUGCUGACGGGGGAAUUGACCUGAAUAUGGAGCAGGGGAUGGCAGAGCACCUCAAGGAUGUGAUCCUGCUGACAGCUAUAGUCCAAGUGCUGAGCUGCUUCUCGCUCUACGUCUGGUACUUCUGGCUCUUGGCUCCGGGGCGCGCUCUCUACCUCCUCUGGGUGAACAUCCUGGGCCCCUGGUUUACAGCUGACUCUUCACCUGCCGGUCAGGAACCAAAUGAGAAGAAGCAACGCCGACAAGAACGCCGCCAGAUGAAGCGCUUCUAGCCCUGGCUGGGGAGAUAGAUGAAUGCUGUUUCUCAUCUCCAUGCUGUUAUUUCAUCAGGGAAGCAAUCAAAACCAUCACAGUAGCUAUGUUACCCUCUGUCAUUGCUACCAUUCUGCUAGAAAGGCUGCAAGAGACUUCCCUUGGUUAGCUCUUACUGCCAGUCGAGGCCUUGCUCCUUGGGAUGACAAGGAGGGGAUGAUGCUGGGAUGUGUGUAAAUACCUUUUUAAAGCAGGGGCUGUAUCGCAUCUUAGGUCAGGGAUUGCAAUGUUGGAGGAAACAGUACAUUAAAGAGCAGAGUCGAAUUCAC